GCUUUUUAGGCCCCCUUCCCUACUCCCGAGUCCUGAGGUUUAUCUUGAGAGAAAUCUCAACAACGAACCCUUUCCAGUUUUGCACUUUCUCUCGAAGAAGUGCAGCAGUGGCUGGUGUGGAGCAGAGCUAAUUCUUCGAGCAGCAAUUUGUCGAUCUUGUUCUAGAGAGAAAGGAAGAGAUGGCGGCAGCGUCGUGCACAGCAGCUCUCUCGUCGUCCUGCGUAGUGCUGCAUUCCAAAGAUGCAGGAGCCGUGUCGAGAAAUGGAGCAAUGCAGCAGCAAAUUAGGUCCUUCGAUGGCCUGCACCGCCACCAGUUGUUGAUUGCGAAGACCGCCGAGAAGUGCCUGAGAGCUGCGGUUCCUGCCGCACGCAAUGGAAGGAAGGGCGGUGCCAUGUGUACCCAGGCUGUUGCCAUGCCCGCCACUCGUGGUACCGAGGUGGUGUUCGAAUCUAAGGUCUUCAAGAAGGAGAAGAUCACACUUGCUGGCGGUGACGAGUACAUCGUCAGAGGUGGACGGGACCUAUUUCCUCUGCUACCCAAGGCUCUUCAGGGUAUCAAGAAGAUUGGGGUGAUUGGAUGGGGUUCUCAGGGACCGGCUCAAGCCCAAAACUUCAGGGACUCUUUGAAUGCUAUCGGUUCCGACAUCGUAGUGAAGGUUGGUUUGAGGAAGGGUUCGAAGUCUUGCCAGGAAGCACGAGCUGCAGGUUUCACUGAAGAGACUGGCACUUUGGGAGAUGUGUUGGAGACUGUUUCGGAAAGUGACCUGGUUAUGCUGUUGAUUUCCGAUGCUGCUCAGGCCGACAACUACAAGGAAAUUUUUGCCGCAAUGAAGGACAACGCAAUUCUUGGUCUUUCUCACGGUUUUCUUUUGGGACACCUCCAGUCUCUUCGUGAGGAGUUUCCUAAGAAUAUUAGCGUCAUUGCAGUGUGCCCUAAGGGUAUGGGUCCCUCCGUGAGGCGCCUCUAUGUGCAGGGAAAGGAAGUUAACGGAGCCGGUAUCAAUGCAAGUUUCGCCGUCCACCAGGACGUAGACGGCAGGGCUACAGAUGUAGCUCUUGGGUGGUCAGUAGCCUUAGGAUCACCAUUCACAUUCGUGACCACUUUGGAGGAUGAAUACAAGAGUGAUAUCUUUGGUGAACGAGGUAUUCUCCUCGGUGCCGUUCAUGGAAUUGUGGAAUCUCUCUUCAGACGGUACACCUCCAACGGCAUGCAAGAAGAAGCUGCUUACAAGAACACAGUUGAGAGUAUUACAGGCAUCAUUUCAAGAACCAUAUCCGCUAAGGGAAUGUUGGCCGUAUACAGAUCCUUAAGCGACGAAGGAAAGAAGGAAUUUGAAGCCGCUUACAGUGCUUCUUACCUUCCUGCUAUGGACAUUCUCUAUGAAUGCUAUGAAGACGUUGCUUCUGGGAACGAGAUCAGAAGUGUAGUGCUCGCAGGACGUCGAUUCUCUCCUAAGGAAGGGUUGCCCGCCUUCCCCAUGGGUAUUAUCGACAACACCCACAUGUGGAGAGUAGGUGACAAGGUCCGGUCGACCAGAGAUGAAAACGACCUUGGUCCUCUCCAUCCCUUCACAGCUGGUGUUUUCGUAGCCACAAUGAUGGCCCAGAUUGAGGUUCUAAGGAAAAAAGGUCAUUCCUACUCGGAGAUCAUCAACGAGAGUGUAAUUGAGGCUGUCGACUCGUUAAAUCCAUUCAUGAACGCGAGGGGUGUUUCAUUCAUGGUCGACAAUUGCUCCACCACCGCAAGACUUGGCUCAAGGAAGUGGGCUCCGAGAUUCGACUAUAUCUUGACACAGCAGGCCUACGUUGCUGUGGAUCAGGGUGCACCUAUUAACCAGGAGCUUAUCAGCAGCUUUGUCUCAGAUCCGGUACACAAGUCAAUUGAAAUCUGUGCCGAGCUCAGGCCGACUGUUAACAUUGCAGUAACUGCUGAUGCAGGUUUCGUGAGACCUGAGUUACGCCAGUAGAGCCUGGAUGCUUUCCCUAGAAGAUUUGUUUGCUAUAUGUUAAAUAGGAAAGGUGGGUAUGUUGAGUACCGCGCAGAGACAUAGAUACGGGUAUUUCACCCGAUUUUGUCGAGAAGCUGCAGUAGCUUUAGUUGUUGCAAACAGCAACAGUCAGGAGAGCACUGUCGUAUGAUUAUUGUUAAUGUGACGAGAAAAUGAAGAUUGAUAUAAUUUUCUGACAUUACAGUUUUGUCCCUUGUCACAUAUGUGAUAUUUUAUUGGUAAGUUCUGAGAAGAUAAAUUAUACGGAGAGGAAAGUUCGAUUGUUGGAAUUGGGAUCGAGGACCUUUGGAACCUGUGAACCCUACGACCGUAUUUUUGGAAUGAGAAAAAUGCCUUAGCUGG